AUGGAAGAAGGACAUAAUUAUCAUGGAACCGAGGAAAAAGCUUCUUAUGUUCUUGUUGAGGCUAAAGUGGAACAAUCUGUUCAGGGUAAUAUGGGAAGAGAACAGGAGCAGUUAAAUGACUUACAGAAAAUGGAGCACUACAAAACAGAAGAAGCAGAAGGGUGGGUUAGAAAGAUGGAGUUUAUAUUUGCGAUAAUGAAUGCAUCAGAAGACAAAAAAGUAAAUUUGGCUACAUUCAUGUUCAAAGACGAAGCCAGUUAUUGGUGGGAAACAACAAAACAUUUGUUGCAUACUCUAGGAGAAAGAGAGGUGAUAUUCUGGAAUCCGUUUGUGAAAGCUUUUUAUGAAAAAUAUUUUCCUCCAGUUUACAGAAAGCAGAUGGAGCGGAAGUUUAUUCUCCUAGCACAAGAUAAAAUGUCUGUAGCCGAUUAUGAAGCUAAGUUUACAGCUCUAUUGAGGUUUGCACCUAAGUUUGUACAGGAUGAAGAAGAUAAAUGUAUGAGAUUCCAAGAUGGUUUAGAAGCAGCUGUUAAAUCUAGAGUUUCAAUUUUUGAGGAGAAAAAUUACAAUAAACUUGUGAACAAAGCUAUGAUUGCUGGAAAAGAUGUGAAGGAAUUGUAG